AUAGUGUAGACGUAUAUUUUGUGUACUCAUCGAAACCAAUGAAAAAAAUUAACCGUUAAAUUAUUCUAACAAUAGCAAUUUGUGUAAAAUCAUUAUAGAACACGUGUUCAACCGAAGAUUUCGAAUAAAUUUUUACAGAAAAAUAAAAAAAGAACUAUUUUGACCAUCAAAAAUUUGUGAAUUUGAAAAGCGAAAAGAGUCGGUGAAAAUGAGCGAUGAAAGAAAAGCAUUCAGUCGUUUGUCCCAAGCCACAAGCGACAAAAAAACUGAUGAAGGUUAUACCACUCCAGGAAAAACCGAUAGCGAUGACACGCCGCGCAUUACUGGACGCGGGCGUUUGGCCGCCAUGACAAGACCGACCGAACCACAAGAUGCGGCUACUUCUUCAAGUUCGUCGAGAGGCAGAGGCCGUCUGGUCUCUUUGGUACAAACAAGUUCAAUUGACCAAUCAAUUGAUCCAUCAUUCUCCAAGUCAAGCGAAGAAGCAAAACUGCAAGGCACCAUCGGCUCGUCAGAACGCCCAGGAAUAGGUGGACGUGGAAAAUUAUUGUCUAUGGUGCAGCCCAAUUUGGAACAUGAUCAACCACCAAAAACGGCUGGACGUGGAAGCAUUGGUGGACGCGGCAAGCUGAUGUCCAUGGCAACGCCAGAACAACCAGGGCCAGCAGCCAUAGUCGAUGAAGCACAAUCUGGAAUAUCUUCAACAACCGAUGCACUUGCACAACUACGUUUGAAACGACGUGAAGAGGCAUCGUCGAAGUCAAGCGGAUCGAAAGAAGCAACAACGUUUCAACAGUAUGUAUCUUUGGCCGCUCCUCUCGACGAGCCCGCCGUUGAAGAAGUUGUUGAAGCAAAAAUUGGUACAAAGGGUGCACAGCUUCAGGGACUUACCAAUUACAUUCGACUUCAAACCGAACCGAACAAAGGCGUGUUCGAAUAUGAAGCGCGGUUUGAUCCACCGGUUCAUUCAAAUCAGCUACGCUAUGCAUUGAUGAAUCAACAGUUGGAUGUAAUUGGUCGCACAAAAACAUUCGAUGGUGUCAAACUCUGUUUGCCAAUACAGCUACCCGAUCAGGUGACACAGCUUCAAAGCGCAAACCCAAAUGAUAACUCUGAUGUCACGAUCACACUAAUCUACAAAGGUCGCAAGAAGUUUUCUGAAUGCCAACAGCUGUACGGUAUUCUCUUCAAAAAUAUCAUGAAAAUUUUGAAGUUUGUACAAUUCGGUUUGAAGAAUUUUGAUCCAUCUGCGCCAAAGGUCAUUCCACAACACAAAUUGGAAAUUUGGCCCGGAUAUGUUACAGCGGUGGAAGAAUGUCACGAUGGUGUGAUGCUAUGUGUUGAUGUAACACAUCGUGUUCUACGUCAAACGGCCGUACUUGAUAUCUUUCAGCACGCGUACCGAAAUUCUCGAGGCGAGGAUUUCAAGACCAAAGUGACACAAGCACUACUUGGGGCAGUCGUUUUGACCAGAUACAACAACAAAACCUAUCGCAUCGACGACAUUGAUUGGGACCAGAAUCCGACAAACACAUUUCAAACAAAAACCGGUGAAGUUUCAUACGUUCAAUAUUAUAAGCAACAAUAUAAUAUUGAAAUCAGAGAUUUGAAACAACCAUUGCUCAUCAGUCGUGAGGAGAAACGUGUUGCUGGUAAAGCGGAAAAGGAAUCACGCGUUUAUUCGAUCAUUCCAGAAAUUAGUUUCUUGACAGGUUUAACCGAUGAACAGCGUGCCGACUUCAAGGUCAUGCGAGAUGUGGCUACAUUCACACGCAUUUCUCCAAACCAGCGAGCAAAUGAAUUGGUGCAGUUCUGCAAACGAGUGAACAACUGUCCAGAGACAAAACAAUUAUUGGCCAAUUGGGGUCUGUCUCUGAUGGAUAACGCCGUCGCAGUAACAUUACGUCAAAUGGAAGAGGAGCGAGUCAUCUUUGCGAAUGGCAAAACAUUUGGUGUUGGUCCGAAUGCCGAUUUCGGUAAAUACUGCACAAACAAUGAACAGAUGUCAGUGGUUAACUUGCACAAUUGGCUACUGAUUCAUGUGAAAAACGAUACAAAGGCUGCCAAAUCAUUCAUGGAUUGUAUGGAAAAGAAUAUACGUUCGAUGGGAAUUACAGCCAGCAAACCGAAGGUCAUCAUUUUGGACAAUGAUAAGACCGAAACGUAUGCAUCAACUCUACGUCAGGCACUCAAUGUACAAACACAAAUCGUGGUGUGCCUUUGCCCAACCGCUCGCGAUGAUCGUUACAAUACGAUCAAGAAAAUCUGCUGCGCAGAAUCUCCGAUUCCAUCGCAGGUGAUCAAUGCUCGCACAUUAGGUAAAGAGGAGAAAAAUCGGUCGAUCGUGCAAAAGAUCGCACUUCAGAUGAACUGUAAGCUUGGCGGAAGUUUGUGGAGCAUUAAAAUUCCGUUGGCAAACUGUAUGAUCAUUGGCAUCGACACGCACCACGAUAAAAAAUCCGGCUCGGUAAGCGCAUUUGUUGCCAGCACCAACGACACAUACACCAAUUGGUACAGCAAAGCUGUUGUCCAAUCGAAGAACGAGGAAUUAGUUCACGGAUUAGUCGUUUCAUUGCAACAUGCAUUGCAAUAUUACAAGAAGGUCAACAACAACCAAUUACCUCGCAAAAUCAUCAUUUUCCGCGAUGGUGUUGGUGACGGCCAACUACGAGCAGUUAAAGAUUAUGAAUUGGCGCAGCUUAAACAAGCGUGUUCAACCAUGUCGGAAGAUUACAAUCCACCAUUCACAUUUGUGGUGGUACAAAAGCGCAUCAACGCUCGAUUCUAUGUGAAGAAAGGAGCACAAGCCGAAAAUCCAAACCCAGGUGCUGUCUUGGAUCACACAAUCACACGUCGCGGUCUUUAUGACUUCUAUUUGGUGCCACAAAGUGUGCGCCAAGGUACAGUCACGCCAACUCAUUGUGUCGCACUUGAGGAUGAAAGUAAUUUCCCGCCCGAUGUUUUACAACGGCUCACGUACAAAUUGUGCUUCCUUUACUACAAUUGGCCAGGUACUGUUCGUGUGCCAGCUUGUUGUCAAUAUGCACACAAAUUGGCAUUCUUGGUUGGAAAUUCGUUGAAGCGUGAACCAGCCGAGCAGCUCAACAAUCGAUUGUUUUACCUCUAAAGAGAUUCACAUCAUCACUUUUUUUACUUCCACCAAACAGAAUGAAUUACAAAAAAUCUAAUUUUUUUUAUUUAUUCUGAUUACAAUUAUUUCUUUUGACGCGAACUGAAUAUGAACCGUUGACAGAAAACACUCAUUUUCUCCAAGAUUAUAUUACAUUUUGCUUUCAACAUGACUUUCAUUCUGUUUGGCAUAAUUUUGUCAAGUAGAUUAAAUUCUUUUAAGUUAAUCUGUUUUAAUUAAUUCUUUAUGAAAAAGAAUGGGGAAACAGACAUUUUUUAUAAUCGAAUCAUUAUUAAGUUAAACAAAAAUAACUUAUGGCCAUUUCGAAGAAA